AUGAGAUUGAAGAAUUGUUUCCCGAAGAGAGACUUUUAUCCAUAACUCAGACCCCGUGAUGGCUGAGAAGGAUUAUGAGGAGGAGGUUCUCAAUGUCACGCUGCCAGCUGCAUUUGAGAUGCGCUUGCCAUCAGGAGAGCCCCGUAAGCAUUUUCGCACAUGGGGAAAGAAGAGAACUCUUCUAGGGCCACUCUCUCUUGAUCAGGCGACCUUAGAGGAGUGGAACCACUGGGAGGAGAUUGAUGGACUACUCGCAGACUCUCGUUGGCGCUACUUGCUCACCUUUGCAGAGCAGUCUAGUUUGGAGCUAACGAUCGAGUUUCUUUGCACCUACCAGUGUCUGCAUGGUGGCCGGCCUAUUAAGGAUGGAGCUGAUGUCAGACUCGAUUCCACCUUGACGUUUUCACUUAGUGGUCGAGCCUUCACCCUUUCCAUGGCCGAGUUCGGGCGUCAUUUGGGGAUAUACACUGAGGAGGAGGCACGCUCCCUUGUCUUUGCUGCUCUUCCGUAUUCCUUACCUUCAGACAUAUACUUCUUCUGGAGUUUGGCAGAAAGGGUUCAGGUGAACCUGGCUAUCUUCAUGGCUCAAUUCUUCCUACUUCAGGGGAAGAGCCAUAGGAAGACUCUUCAGGCAGGACCCUUCGUUACUCGCCUUGCACGUUCCCUUCUACCCGAGAUGCCGGGUAAUUUGCUUCCCAUUGAUCAGAGCAUUCGCCCUCUGAGCACCACAUCUCUCACGAAGAUGGGGAUCGCGAAGAGGCGCCGAGUAGAGGAGAGUGACGAGCCACCCUUGGAUUUCUUUGAUGGGCUUGAUACCACCGUCCAUUCUCCCAUUCCAGACGCCACCACGAGGACUUUCAUGGCUGGGGGUUCUUCUUCUUUUGUUCAGCCUGGGACGUACACAGCCUCGUCGAGUGGUGUUGAGGCAUCCAUGCUCCAGAAGAUCCUGGAGGAGAUGAUGAGAAUGAACACGAGGAUGGGCACUAUCGAGACCAGCAUACAAGACGUGAAGGACAUCAUGGAGACUGACCAUAGCGCCCAUGAGAAGCAAAUGAAGAGGAUGAAUGAACGCCUAGAGUCUCACACUGAGAAGCUCCAUGAGCUUGAGAUGUUGCUCGGUAAGAAGUCUGCGCCUCCAGCUCCUUCAUCUAGAGCCAGCCACCAGUAGUGAAGAUAUUUUAAUUUCUGUUGAUUUUAAACAAUUUUAUUUUGACUUGGCCCGUUUAUUUUGCUACUCUAAUUUAUGCAAACAUUUAUGGUUAAAGCUUGCACUUUAUUGUUUAUUUCAAGUGUGAGGAGGAAUGUUACCCCUGUUCUUUGACUCAUCUCUUGCAUCUCGACUACGACGACGUAGUUCGAUUUAAGUGUGAGGAGGUAGAGUUCGAGUAUCAGGUAUGAUUUGUUGUCUCACUUUCGUAAUUCUUGAUACACACUAAGUUGUAGUCAUAUUUUUCUAAAACUCUUUCUGUUCCUUGCUAUUUUCCUUUUAUUUAAACAAAUUAACUUGUUUCUU